CCAAGAUUGUGCCAGAGGAGAUCACCCCGCUGGUGCCUGCGGUUCCCGGAGAGAAGGUGGCAGAAGACCACACCUGCUCUGUCCUCCAGAUUGUGCUCAAGGUCAUGGUUCUCCAGGCAUCCAGCUUGGACUGGAAAAACAAAGAGAGCCAGGACAUGGGCUUCAGAUUUCUCUUUUCCCUGUUCAAGAAGUACUACAUGCCUCACCUCUUUCCCUCUUUCACGAAACAAACCAACCUCUACAACCCACAGUUAGAUCUUCCCAUUCACAGACCAAAGCCCCUCUACGUCCCUGUGACACGUAACAGUGAGAGCACAUACUGCACUAGGGAUCAGUAUCUGGCUCCCCGCGUGGCCUUCAUCACAUGGCUCGUUAACUUCUUCCUGGAGAAGAAGUAUGUGAACUCAGCCACGAGCAGCUCUAAGAACGGAGGAGAGGUCCUUCCUAAGAUCAUCCAGACUGUGACUGCGGGCGGGAUCAGUCAGGAGAAGAGUGCAGACUCUGAGCCCAACGGUCCUGUGGAACAGGAGAAGAAUCACUCAAACAGCAGCACGCUGUCAGAUCGCCGGGGCAGUAACUCCAGUCUGUGUAGCAUCGAGGAGGAGCAUCGCACUGUCUACGACAUGGUGCAGUCCAUCCUGCUCUCCACACGAGACAACGUCAAUUUCGUCAACGAGGUCUUCCAUCAGGCUUUCCUGCUGCCGGCCUGUGAAGCUUCAGCCACUUGCAAGGUGAUCAAAGUCUACAGGAAGUGGUUUCUGCAGGAAAUACCCAAUUUCAUGGCUGAGCCAGAGACGACAAGCCAGGAGGAAGAUGGAGAGGAAGAGCACCUCGUAUCUGAGACGGACAGUGCACACGUGCAGGCCUUGGAGACUCAUGGGCAUAAACGCUCGUCCAGUUGGGGGCGCACUUACUCCUUCAGCAGUGCCAUCAGCAGAGGCUGUCUGACUGAAAAACAGAACCAGGAAGUGAAAGCUGGCAUCCAGCCCACCCUGCAG